AUGGUUCAGAUGUUGCCAUUACCUCUCCUUUGUCUGGCUACGCUUCUAUCACUUGCGUCAUUCGCCCAAGCUGAAUUAGGGAAAUGGGAAGCCACGAACUUCUGUAAAUGCAUCUGUUUCGGCGCCAAUUAUUCAAUCUUGCACCUUGCCAUACCGGAAAAUCCAUCCAAACCAUGCCUGUCCUGCACGAAGCAGUGGUGCUUGAAUCAAAAUCUACCUAUAUGCGCCGGUGCAACCCUAGGCGACACCGAUCCGGAUACUGCCACCGGAAAGGAGGGAGACGUUGAGGCGAGAUGCUUUCAACGUGACUCGCCGCGCGACCAGCUCGUGGUAACUUUAUUCCUGCUGACCGUGUUCGGGCUUUUACUGGGCGCUGGUAUCAAGGGCCGUAUGGUCAAAGCCGGCAUCGACUUGAACGCUCCCUGGAACGAAGGCAGAAAGUGGUGGCAGAAUUGGGUACCGCCACAACUGGAGAACAUCAGGCUCGGUUCGCGCAACGUUGCUGGAUCCCCUUCUGGCCAAAGGCAUGGGGAGUAUUUUGCGGUUUCGAGGGAGGGGUCUCCCUCUCCCACAGAGCGGGCUAGAACUACUCCAUGA